AUGUCACAGGAUUUGAAGAACAGUGUGCUCAGUCUCAUCAGUGACUCUGGGAUCAUGGAGAUCGAAGACGGACCUGGUAUUGAAGCGUAUAAGGACCUACAGAUCAACGACACGACAAAUGAACAGAAACAAGUGAGAUUAUACCAUAAGUUGAUUGAAUUGUUGGAUAAAUUGAUGGUACAGGAGGAAAAAGUAGGGGAAUUUGGAUAUGAAGAAGUUAAAAAAGAGUUGAUACAGAGUGAAAAAUUGGCAUUGUUGGUGAAAGAAGGUGAAAUACCUAAUGAUGAUGAAUUAUUAAGAUUCUUGAAACAAGUUCAAUAUAUAAGGAGAAUGGUGGUUGAUUCCGGUAUUGGAGUUAAAUUAGAAGAAAGAGAUGAUUUAAUUGAUGAUAUAAUAGCAUUGGAAAAUGAAGUAUCUGCAAGACAAUCAAAAUUGAAUAAAUUAAAUCAAGAAAUAAAUUUAAAAUUUGAAAAAAGUAAAGAAUUAACAUCAAAAUUAAUUGAAAAACAUAAAAAUCAAAUUUCAAAUAAUGGUAUUGAUAAUACAAAACUUAAAAUUCAAUUACAAGAAAAGCUAAAAAUUGCUAAAAAUAAAUCUUAUAACCUUUCAGAAGAAAUUCAAGCAUUUCUUGUAGAAAAUGGUAUAAAUUGGGCUAAAGAUAAAAAACUAAGAGAGUUAGUAUUAUACUGUGGAGAUAUUUAUGAAUGA